UCAUACAGGCUGCAGGGCUGUGAGCUGUAGUGAGGCCCGGUGCAUGGCGGUCAGGCGGCGGACUCGGCCCUCCACAGGUUUAAAAAGAAGUAAAGGAUAGGUUUAGGACAAGCUACGUGUAUGCUUGGGUUGCUUAAUUUUCAGCUUGGUGAUCUGUGAAAGUUCUCCACUUGGUGCAGAAGCAUGAAACCACUGGAUAGCCAAAUAAGCUGUAUCAGUGGGAACAGCUUUCAGUGUUGAAUACAUGUCUAAGGAGCUGCCAUCAGAACAAAAUGGAGAGCUUGAGUCUACAGGCAAUGACCCUUUCUGAUGGGACAACAGCCUAUGUUCAGCAAGAUGCAAGUGAAGAGAAGUUAAUUGAAGGACAAGUGAUUGAACUUGAAGAUGGAUCCACAGCUUUUUUCCAACAAGUAACACUGCAGAAAGAAUCGAUUACAUUUGAAGAUGGUCAGCCUGUUGCACUGGAAGGUGGCACCAUGGCUUUUAUACAUCACACUCCCAAAGAGGGUUUUGACCCCAACACCUUGGAAGCCAUCCAGCUGGAAGAUGGAUCCACAGCUUUCAUACACCAUCCUGUUUCCACGACAGUGGGUGGCACCAUCCUGGCAGUGCAAGCAGAUGUGGGGCUGGAGGAAUUGGCAGUAGGGAAGAAAGAUGAUGCUUUUGAUUUAGAUACUGGUACCACUCUGAAGGAUUACGCCAGCAAGCAGGACUUCCGGGAGGAAGAAGUGAAGAGCAGUGGAAACGGGCCCAAAAUUCCUGACAAAGCUUAUUGUUGUAGAUACAGUGGAUGUAGCCGCCUCUUUACCACAUCCCACCAUUUGAAGGUGCACGAGCGUGUUCACACGGGCGAUCGUCCAUACCAGUGUGAUUUUACAAGCUGUGGGAAAACAUUUGCUACAGGAUAUAGUCUGAAGAGCCACGUGAGAACCCACACUGGUGAGAAGCCAUACAAAUGCCAAGAAGAUUUAUGCACCAAAGCCUUCAAGACUUCUGGAGAUCUCCAGAAACAUAUCCGAACACAUACUGGUGAGCGGCCCUUCAAGUGCCCUUUUGAAGGCUGUGGCCGCUCUUUCACCACCUCCAAUAUACGCAAGGUCCAUAUACGAACACACACAGGAGAGCGGCCAUAUAUGUGCCCAGAGCCCAACUGUGGAAGGGGUUUCACUAGUGCCACCAACUACAAGAAUCACAUGAGAAUCCAUACAGGGGAGAAGCCAUAUGCAUGCCUGGUACCAGGCUGUGGAAAACGCUUCACAGAAUAUUCUAGCCUCUACAAACACCAUGUAGUUCACACACAUUGCAAACCAUACACUUGCAACACCUGUGGCAAAACCUAUCGGCAAACGUCUACUUUGGCAAUGCAUAAACGUACCAUGCAUGGGGAGCUAGAGGCCAUGGAUGAGAGUGAGCAAGCCCUCUAUGAACACCAGAUGGAAGAUACCAUAAUGGAUAACAGCAUGCCUCCACUGAAACACCAAUGUAUUGUUUCUAUGAAGAUGGAAGAUGAAGUGCAGGAAGAUUCCAUACCAUCAGCAGCAGCUCUUGUUUCUCAGGAUGGUGUAGAGCAGGUCACAAUAGUAACUUCUGGGACACCAGUAUCUGAAGAUUCAUUCAGAGCAUCCAUCCAUGAUCAGCACUUGGCAGUGCUAGCAACAGCUAAUGGUACUCAUGUUGCUGUUCAGUUGGAAAUGCAACAGAGCCUGGGAAGUACAAUCAGUGUGGCAACUACUUCAGUUCACCAAGAGUCUGCAACUCUGAAAACAGACACAUUGAAAAAUGGAUGUUGAGACUGAGCAUUUGACAGGAAUGAAGUGCUGUGCAGAAACAAGAGCAGUUGGAUAGACAACAGAUUCUUCAAGGGCCUGCAGUUCAGGAGUCAGGUGAUGGGUAACUAAAUGCCCAUCUGAAUCUAGAGAGUUUUUAAAAUUGUUUACAGCUAGUCAGUGCAUGCAGUUGAUAACUGACAAUAGAUGAUGGAGCAACAUUGUUGCUUGACACUUUUUAAAUAAAUGGACCAACAAUAUGCUUUAUGUCCAUUUUAAGAAAGCAACUUGUCUGGGAUAGCAUUUGUCUUAUCAUUUGGAUCUUUUUCAUUUCUGGUAUAUAUUAAUGGAGUAAGCACUUGUGUUUCACUGACCAUUUUUGGAUUGGAAAAUCUUUUAAGUUGGACUUUUAUUGGAUUUCAGCAACAAGAACUUUUAUCAUUUAAAAAUGUGUUUAGCAGUGAAUGUCCAGAAAGGGAUCACAGCUACUCCAUAUCCUAGGGAACUAUCAGCAGGAAAGCAAUGAAGUGCCCUCUGGGUGGACUAUCAGUGGCAGUUCCAAGAUGCAUGCCAUUGGGAACAGGCAAAUAGCACUGUGGAGGCUUUCCUUUUUUUUCUCAGUCUACCAGGGCCACCUCUAAAUAUCAGCAAGAAUCUAAUAGACGGAGGUAGACAAUCUAAACUGAACUUGGGAGUAAAUUAAAUUGGUUUUGUGUAACAUUUUAUUUUCUUCUUCACUCUAGAAGAGGUUUGGAUGUAUAUUUGAUAAAACUUAAAAGUUGUUUUCUAUUUUCAGAAACAGCUUCAGCUUUACCAUUCCAUUCCUCUCCUAAUCCCAUAUAUUAAGAUCAUUUGGUAGAUGAAGUACAGAUUCUCCUACCCCCAGGAAUCCUAACAACAAGAUCAGGAAGGGUUUAAGCUUACUCCUACCACUAGUUAUCAGCGUAGAAAACAGUAUGUUUCCUUGUUGCCAAUUAACAGCCAAGAAGCUAUAGUUUUGAUCAAGAAUCUAUGGUGGUGGUAGAGAAAGAGGUCUUUCUGUACACAUCCCAAUCCUAAUGAAAAUUGUCAUUUUCCUGCUGGUAAUAAGUGAUGGUUGAUUGUCCAUAAAAAGUGGUGAGGUUCUGUGGGCCACACAAAAAUCAGAUUGCAGGUUCCCCACAUGUCCUAGGGAGGAUAUGGUAUUCUGCCAUCAAAAUGCAUGUUAUACAACUGGAAAGAAGAAAACCAGUUUUGUCCAAUCAGCCUGCCAGACGAAGAUUGUUUUAAAAGAGCAUCAUCUACUACAUUGUCAAUUUGCAACUGAUACUAUCUUACUUAGUUUUUUGUAUUACUGUCUGCUGUAACUCAUGAAAUAAUAUUAUACUCCAUAGUGUAUGGACAAUAUCUCCUGCUCUGUUGUUUGGUUUACCCAGCCAUUGCCCCUUUCUUUUGUGUUUAUAUUUGAUCCCAACACUUAAUUCCAGAACAAUAAUGUCACAGUAUGUGGUUAAGCUGGAACACUGAAACAGAAAUUGGCUUAAGGAAAAUGAGUGUUCCUCUUUGUGCUCUGAUUCUGACAAAUCAGAACUUUAAUCCUUCAAAAAUGAGGUCUCCUAAAAAGACCUGAUCAAAGCAUAAAGGCAGAGUGAAUGGAGCUGUUGCCAAAUCUCGAAUCUUACUUUCCCCCUUAUCAUUCUUUACAUAUCCUGGCUAGUCAUCAUAGCUGUCUUCAUUUUUCAGAGAAAGAAUGAUAGGUCUGAAAUACGCACAUUUUUCUUUGUCUCCUCUACUUCUCACAAUAUGUUUCUUUUCCCUUAAAGGAAGGAAAGUAGAUAGGCAUUACUGCUAGGUUUUCCAAGACCAGCCUGACUUUUAGAAAUUCCCAGAUAAGCAUCCUGCAAUGCAGCUAGUAAAUUUGGAAACUGGCACUUGGGCACUGCAGGGUUAAGAAUAGGGACCUAUCCUAGAUGAAAGAGGAUGCAAAGCAACAAGUGAGGCAGAGGACAGGUCUGUGAGCAGCAGGGAGUUGAUAAAUGCUCAGCAAAGGACAGCUGACUGAAAAACAAUUAGUUGGGUUUUUGUCUAAAGUGAAAAUAAAGAUGAGCGCUAUAUGCUUAACUGUUAGAUGCCUAUUAAAAACAAAGACAUAGCACUGAUUUUUAAAAUGGUUAGAAAUCUCAGUUGUGGAUUAUUUGGUAGAUGAAAAACUCAUGUUUUAGGAAAAAUAAUAUGGUUGCCCCAAGUAAUGUUUUAAUCUCAAAGAGAAUGAGCUUUUGUACACAUAUUUCUGGGUCUGAAAAUAAAAGUACCUUGCAGGCUAAGCUAGUACUUAAUUCUAGGACAUUCUUAAAAUUUCUGUAGCUUUCUUGUGUUGCAGGCACACAAUAGUAUUUGUUAAGCAUGCAUGGAAAUGGGAUGCAACGUUUUAACUAUGGAAUGAAAUUUCUACACAUCAUCUGUGGAACUGCAAACCAAAUUGAAAUUUUUGAAAGGCCUAUAGAAGAAUUAGCUCUCUCUCCUUCCCAAUGUCUGAUUUUUUGGGUGGAAGUAGAAUUUACAGCGUGGACAGAAAAGCUGUGUUUUAUCCAACGUGGUAUCAGAUAUUUCAAGUUGAAUCACAGAGUACAAUCCUAAUCACUCUUCUCUGAAAAGAAAGUGUCAAGGAACUCAGUGGAGUUUACCUGCUUUCCAAAGUCCUGGAUCACACUAUACUUUGGGCUGAAUCUUUAAGAAAAGAGAACUUUCCCCAUUCAGUUGAAGUCAAUGAUUUAAUGUAUUCACAAAUCUAAUUCUGAGGUGACUAGAACAGACUGGACUUGUUUUUCUUGCUAUUCUGAUUGCAGUGUGAUUAAAAU